AUGGAUCACCUGUUGCUGCUGUUGCUGUUGAGCUCAGGACUCCAGGCUGAAGGAAAACUCAACUCAACAGAGUCUGUCAGGUUGGUGGGAGGAGAUAGCCGCUGUGCAGGAUCACUGGAGCUGAAACAUCAGGGAGACUGGAAACAAGUGAGUGACACUCACUGGAACCUGAAGAAAGCAGCGGUUGCCUGUAAAGAGUUGGACUGUGGCUCUGCUGUUUCUGUAGGAUGGAGAGAUGAGUCCUCAGACAGAUCUGUGUGGAAGAUCAAAUAUGACUGUGUUCAGUCUGGAUCUGCUCUGAGGGAGUGUGCAAGAUCAGAUUCCUCGUCCACCAUUGUGGAUCUCAACUGUUCAGUUAAGCCAAUCAAAUCUGUCAGGCUAGUGAAUGGGACUAGUCUGUGCUCAGGCAGACUGGAGGUGAAGACUAACAAGUCUCCCCAGCGGUGGUCCUCGGUGUGUGAAGCUGACUUUGACCAGCAGGAUGCAGAGGUGGUCUGUAGGGAGCUCGGCUGUGGGGCUCCUUCAGUCCUUCAGGGGGUGCACUAUGGAGAAGUGGAAGCCCCAAUGUGGACCAAAAAGUUCCAGUGUGGAGGCCAGGAGUCUGCUCUCCUGGACUGUGGAAGCUCAGGCUCAGAAAGAAACGUCACCUGCUCACCUGGCAAAGUAGUUGGACUCACCUGCUCAGAGCCUGUUAGGUUGGUGGGAGGAGACAGUCGCUGUGCAGGAAUAGUGGAGCUGAAACAUCUGGACUGGAGAACAGUGAUUAACUAUGACAUCACCCCAGAUACAGCAGCUGCCAUCUGUAAACAACUGGACUGUGGCUCUGCUGUUUCUGCAGAUGGGAAAGAGGAGUCUUCAUACAGAGAUAUGUGGAGGGUCAGCUCUGACUGUGUUCAGUCUGGAAAUGUUCUGAGAGACUGUGUAACACCACGGCACUUUCACAUCGCUCUGAAUCUCACCUGCUCAGUUAAGCCCAUCCGUGACAUCCUCUAUGACAAUCUGUUUCAGCCCAACAUUUCUGUGUCCUCGUCCAUGGACGGGGCCUCUGAGGCCCAGCAGCAAAGCUUUCGGGUGUUCAUGGGCUCCACCUUCAACGUCAGCUGUUCCAUUCAGCCACAGUACCCAGGAGGCUCCUUUCAGCUUACCUUCACCUCCUUAAACUCAGCACACAACUACACCCAACCAGCUGUUAAUCACUCUGCCCACUUCCUGUUUCCUGCUGCAAAGGCCGUCCACCACGGAAGCUACAGCUGUGUUUAUCACUACUCUGUUUUAUCUCAUAACUUCUCCUCCGAGAGCCGUCUGCUCUCUCUCACUGUCUCAGACCUACUGUUUCCACCCAACAUCUCCUUGGACGGGGACUCCGAGGCCCAGCAGCAAGGGUUUCGGGUGUUCAGGGGCUCCAUCUUCAACAUCAGCUGCUUCAUUCAGCCACAGUACCCAGGAGGCUCCUUUCAGCUCACCUUUACCUCUUCCAACUCGGCACACAAUUACACCAUGCCUGCUGUCAAUCACUCGGCCCACUUCCUGUUUCCUGCUGCAGAGCCUGCCCACCAAGGAAGCUACAGCUGUGUUUAUCACGUCUCUGUUUUAUCUCAUAACUUCUCCUGUGAGAGCCGUCUGCUCUCUCUCACUAUCAUAGAUCCGACACUUAUCAUCAGAGCGGUCGUCCUGCCGCUGACUCUGCUGUUGGUGAAUGCUGCCCUUUAUCUUUACUGUAAGGCUAGCAGGGGACAGAACCUGGGCAUGCAGGAGAACAUUGAGCUGGAUUAUUAUAACCUGGGUGUGUCUGCACCUGAAUGAGGGCCGACUAAAGAGGAAGGAGCUCAUCUACAUCCAGAUGGAUUUCUGACACACAACCAACCCCCAGCUCUUUCCUUUAAACAAUAAGGCUGUAAUUAUAAUAUUACAUUAUGUAGCGCCUAAAUCUCAACAUGAAAAGACUAAAACAACAAUGUGUUAGUCUCUUCAUACUUUGACUUCCUGUCUGUGGCCCUCUGCAUCAUUGGUUUCUACUGAAGAUGUAAUCUUUAAAAACACCUAGAAUAUACAGUUUAAUUUGAAAACUAGACAGAGGAAGCAGGAGUACAGGAAUCCAAGCAGCCGGUGACAUUUGAAACAUCAUGUUUGUGAACGAGUAUUGCCAUUUAGUAUACUUUUGCCAUAUCCUGUCAGAAUUACGGCAAUCGAGAAAAGCUUUAAGUUCAGUUAAUUGUUUUGCAAAAAUGUAUUGUCAAGUUUGUUAAAUACUGACCAAUAAGGGG